AUGACGACCUUUACGCAUAAGCAGCUCGAUAUACCCGUAACCCUUCCCGAGGGCCUUACAGAGACUGAGAUCUCGACCUUUAAACCAUUCAAUAACUGGCUCACGACGCUCACCAACUCCCUCAAGCUCCAAAGCACAAACCCCAACCACCCCUUCCACGCAGACCCCUACACCCUGCACUCCAUCACCAUCCAAGCCGUCGACCGCUUCGCCAAAAACCGCCUCGGCUUCGUCAAACUCGCCGCCACCCUCGCCAACGCUGCCGGCGAAAAGCUGCCUAGCGCCGUGUUCCUCCGCGGACCCAGCGUCGCCAUGCUCGUCCUCCUCGUGCCCGAUGACGCGCCACCCGAGUCCGAUGAGCGGUAUGCUGUGCUGACGGUUCAGCCGCGCGCAGCGGCCGGAUCCUUGGCUAUGGUGGAGCUACCCGCGGGAAUGGUCGAUGACGGAUCUUUCUCUGGCGCCGCGGCGAAGGAGAUCCAGGAGGAGCUUGGUAUCGAGAUCCCAGAGUCUGAGCUCACCUGUCUCAGCGAUCUUGCGAAACCUGCGGACUCCGGAGAGGAGGCGUUGCCUUUGGCGAUGUUUCCUUCGCCGGGGGCUUGCGACGAGCAUAUCACCAUCUUUAUGCAUGAGAAGCGUGUUGCGCGGCAUCAGUUGAAGGAGUGGAGCGGCAAGUUGACGGGUUUGAGGGAUGAGGGGGAGAAGAUUACGUUGAAGCUCGUGCCGAUGAGGGAUCUUUGGCGGGAGGCUUCGAGGGAUGCUAAGGCUCUUUGUGCUGUGGCCUUGUGGGAGGGUCUGCGGAGGGAGGGUAAGCUGUGA